AUGCCGCUUUUCGAUCAGGAUCCCAACGGCGGCGGCCGCAACUCGCGAGCCUCCAACGUCUCUGCCAUGAGCCGAGCAUCAGGUAAACCCGUAUCGCGGGCACCCAGUGCAGACCUUCAACCUCUUAACCGCGGCGUCACGUCCAUGCUCCGCACCGAGACCGAGAUGGGCAACGUUAGGCACGGCCGUCCUCAGUUCGACGACUUGUCUGCCAUGAGCAACGCACCACGUCCGCUGCGCUCGCGCGCGACCAGCAGGAUGUCGCAAGUUUCUUCCACGUCCAACACUUCCAGUCGGGGUAGCAAGCAGCACUUCCGUUCCUACCCCUCCUCCUCUUCUGCACCGCGUCAGCCAAUGCAACACCAUGGGCCCGUGUAUACUGCCGACACGCUGUCUCCAACGAUGAUGAACGCCACCGGAUCAUCGCCUUUCAACAACCGAAGAGACAACCGCGACAGGGACGCGCAUCGCUCGCACUCGAUGACGAAUACCAUACAACCCCCAGCGUACGGUCUCACCAGCAACAGGUCCAUUCCCAGCUUGCGCCCUCGGCCAGCGUCCCGAUCUUCGAACCCAAGCCCAUACUAUGCACACCCCGCCGGGGGUGGUUUCAGGCAGCCUGUUCCAUACUCACGAUCCGUCCAGCCCGCCCUGAGCGACGACAGCGGAGUACACUUCCAAGGGCCGCAGACCUCCGACGGUCAGCGACUGCCCUACGCUGGUCAGGCACAAGGCUACGGCAACCCAGUAUACACAAAUCAUCCGUAUCGGCAGCAGCAUGCUGGACAAGGACAAGACCAACGAGGCUUCCACAACCGACAGGGCCCCGGGCAGAUGAGGACCAAGAAUCCAUCUUCGCGGUCUACGAUGAGCCUUGAAGAUCCUCCCGUGGAAGACGACGACUUCCCUGUCUACCACAUGGCUACCGGACAACUCAUGUCUCGCAGGAUGACAGGCAGCUCCGCCCGCGAGCCUCGUUCAGAAGAUCGAAGAGAGCGCAGGCGUCAGGAUGAAUAUCAGCCACCUUUACCAGCCGACCACCGCCAACGGAUCGCUGCUGAGCAAGCUCGUCUCAAGAGGUCUGCGCCUGCUUCCAUGUCCAGUUUUAACACAAACUUGCGCACCGAAUCAGACCCGCCAUCGUCCGACAUGGCUAUGCCAUCAACUCCGAAAGAUGGUAGCUCCAUGGAAGUGCACCGAAACCUCGAUAGAAACAAGGUCUUCAAAGCCGCCAACCCGAACCGCCUUGUUAUUCAAGAAGAGUAUCCUUCAGUACCAUACUACAACACGAGUGACCAGCUUGGACCUGUGGCGUCUGCGGACCCAGGGACGGAUGCUGAUCCCGACGGCUUCAUAGACCGAAAGAUAAUCAUUGUCGAACAGUUUCGUCCGGCUGGGGCGGCAUUGAAGAGUGAUCCUUUUUUAGGACAAGAGGCACGACCAAUGUCGAUGGAGAAGUUGCAACAAGACUUGGACCUCGAUCUCGAGCGAGAACGCAAAGCCGAGCGCAAAGCCGGGAAGCAUUCGCGAAAGCGAAAUUGCGGAACUCCCAGCGUCCCCCGUAGCUCACCGCAUCACAAGGAAUUUGAUCCUAAGAGGUCUGGAGGCUUCAACGACGGGCGAUAUCCAGUCUUCGAUGGAGUUAGUAACCUCUUCGGGGCCAUCUCCCUCGCUCCCGAGCAAGCCUCCAUCUCCGUCAACAAAACCCCCCGUUCCAAGGUCUCCGACACAACCCUCAAGGCCAAAGUCUCCAACACUACAAUCAAGGCCAAAGUCUCCGAUACCACUAUCAAGGCCAAAGUCCCCGACACCGCAAUCACUGACGACGUCUCCGACACCGCAGUCGCCGACAAAGUCGCUGACAACACGGUCGCUGACACCAAGAAGUACUUUGUAUCUGAUAAACCUCGUGGGGCCGUAUUGCAUGCGGCAGACCGCGGAGAAAACCGCCACAGUAUCUUAUCGCAAACUGGAUCCAGCAUCCUCGACUCGUCCACUCUUGAAUUCGCGGUCCAGCAUUCCAUACCAACGGCCAAUAGCGGUGGCUUCCAGAACGAGCCCGGUGUUAAGACUCAUGUUACCACGAACAUGUCUCUCAGUCCUGGCAAUAGUACCGGGGAUGGUAUGUCGGAUGUUCUUGCAGGGUAUCAGGGAUCUGAUUAUAAGAACGAGACCGACGCUUUGGUACGAGUCGAGACGGCCAACGAGAGCAGGUAUGAGGAGCACACAGAUGCUUCAACAGAAAAUGACAUGAAGCCGCUGCCUCUUGCCCUUCGAUCCAGAAGUAGCCACGCACAAGGGUCGUCCGAUGAGCUGUCCUUCAAGUCUUGUACCGAUCUGCCAGAUGUCUCUUCAGGCUCGAUACCAUCCGAGCCAGAGAAAGAAGACAUCAAAGCGUCUUCCACAUCCGCCAUUGACUUUGCGCCGCAGCGAAAUACGGUAUCGAAGGAAGCAGACACUCACUCUUUUGCGACUGGUGUGCACCCUAUCCGUGCUAGUUUCGCACCUCCGCCUCGACUCCAAACGUCCAGCCUAGGAACGGUGGUCUUGAAUCAGGGCAGGACGAUUGUGGAGGCACCCUUGUCCAAGCCCUCUUCUGCUAUGCUUCGCAAACAGCCUCCUAUACCGCGUCGAGAAUCCAGCUUUUCUAUCGUAGCGAGCAAAUUGCGGACUAGCUCCAAGCAGAGCAUGAAGCAAGGCUCGAUAUCGGUAUCUGGUUCGUCAUCCACGCUGGGCACUACGCACCAGGGGCCAGCGGUACCGCCCCGAGAGUCAAGCACUUCCAAGGAGGCCCAACGUGUGCACGCCGCAGUCUCGUUCUUGAUGCGUCCACUACCGUUGCGCUUUGCCAGGUCUUGGAAGUAUACUGACCAAGAGGAGCUACCGAAGUCAGAUGAGACGGUCCCAUCGGCUUCCAGUUCGAGUCAAGACACGGACGGGCUUAUCAGUCUCAAUGAGAUGACCAGCUCACCGCCGCCCACCAGGGAGGUAAAGAAGACGCCGCAAGCACCGUCGACCAGGCCAAAAGGUGUACCUGUUGCGAAGACGCGGGCUAUCAGCUUCGACACUCCGAAAGCCUGCAACCCAUCCAAGAUGCCCGGUAGUAGCCCGGCUCCUGUUGCGCAACCAGUCGACAGCCCGGUUCCUGCGAUUUUGGAGCCCUCCUCUGUGUACUCGAUCCAUGACACCUCCUCAGGCUCAUGUGUAGACUCCGUGGAUGAACUUCCGGUAGCCCAAGAGCCUGGCCGUCGUGACAGCCAGACUACGACACACCUCGAUUGGAAUGGAUAUAGGUCUUCCUCCCACGGUGGUGGCCUCCAGCAGGUGUCGCUACGCCCUCUGAGCGGUGUUGGAAAUGUUUUGAAUUCUCUGGGAUCGGGUCCCUUGUCCAACAUCCAAGAGAAUACUACGACGGACCUCAGAUUAUCCGGAUAUAGGUAUCCUGGCCCUGCGCGUUAUCUGCCUGACCUGAAGGAGGAGUCGCAUGAGGACUCGAGCCUCAACACGAGUGCCAGCAAUCUGAAGAGCUCGAGUUACCGCUUUCCGUUCGGCGCGCCGUCGGGGGUCAGGGCUUCGGGAGAGGAACCGAUCAACUUCUCGGGAAGGUCGUCUACAGCGUCGCAUCGUCGGAGUGCUGUUGGCAGCAACGUGGGUAGCGCGCUCGGACAGGCACACGGUUUGCCUUCGAUGCGGUUCAGUCGGAUGAAUCUGUUCGAUGGUCUGACCGAGGACCUUGGCCUUCGCUACUCAAGGUCAAUGGAAGAGGUGCCCAAUGCGUCGCAGAGGGUGAGCAGAGGUAGUCCGCGGCCUGCAUCAGCCGGUGAUGUCACGGACCUGCGCCUUUCUCUCGCCGAAUUGAAUGAAGCAGAGCGCUCAGGGUUGUCAAUGCAGCCUACCGCCGUGUUGAACUUGUUCGCGAUGCACCGUGCUCGUUCACCGGAGCUCAUGGCAGAGAUUGAGCGGCUGACUAUACCUUCUGUCGGGGGGCUUACCCAGCGCCUCUCGGAGAUCUUCCCGUCGUUGAGGGAAUACUACAAGUGCGGUGAGCCAGCCGAGUUUCCGAUUGAGGAGGAGAUGGAGAAGCACGCAUUGGAGGAGAUCCACGAGAUCCAUCCGACGCAGAAGCGCUCGUCUGCUCGACUUCGCCCCAUGCGUGGCGUCUCGCACAUGGUUGUUAUUGAGGACGAUCUGUAUGAUGAGAUCACAAGCAAAGAGAGGGUGUGUGGCAGUCCAGGCCGUCCUGACGAUGGAGUUGGUGUAAACGGCGCUAGCGAGGCAGACUCAAAUACAGGCAGCUCCCCCAAGGACGACGACGCACCGAGCACACCAACACACAACAAGACGACUCCGCUCUCAGAGCUGCGAGUCCCAUCACCAGCUGUUCUCCGUCCGCGCUCACACACUGUCGGCCCUCAAGAGCUUCGCAUCUCAGGGGAGUCCGCUCUUUCCGUAAGAAGGUCUCUGAGGUCGUUUGUUUCUACGCCCACAGUAACCGAGACGCGUCCCUGGAAUUCAGACAAGAACUAUCCCUGGGCGACGUCAACAAACCCCGCUAUUGACAUCUCCCUUCCUCGUCCAGCUGCUGCGAGACACUCUCCUCGCCCAGGUCCUUCCCACCUCCGCAACAGACUCUCUGACGCGUCUACCACAAGCUCCUUCUCGACAGCGCAGACAGCCACAGCUUCCCCGUUCGGAUCACCGGCCGAUAGCACCGCACACGCGCGUCAUCACCGCUUCAGCACCUUUGGCCGCAACAGCGACCAGCCACACGCAGUCGGUGAACGCUACCCCACCUCUGCCCUGUCACCUCCUACAGCUAUCUUCCGCGACCACCUGUCAGCCUCUGACACUUCUGACGACGAGCACUACGACACCACACGCAAGACUAGGCUCUCGCUCCGCAAGCGCUUUUCGUCAACUCGCAAAGCUACGCUUGACAGCCAAUCAAACACUCGAGCUGGUCGAAGCAAGACCAACGCACAAGACCUCGCCUCGCCCGAGUCGACCAAGCAGUCAACAACCUCACUCCUCCAAGAUCGUGCCGGUGAAGCUCAAGCUUUCACGUCAUCCACCACCGCCAACCGCCAUACCUUCCGUGACGCGGAGGGCAUGAGAGCAGUUGACUACCGCAAACACCGCAUCAUCGACCGCCUCAAGACCUGGUGGCACAAGGGCUCGCACCUGAUCCCCACCAUGUCUGACACCCCUCCUCAACCCCUCUUCGCCCUCGGACCGAACAACACUAUCCGCUACAUCGAGCGUCGCGUGUUCCCCUCGGUUCCUCCCGCAAACCCCCCUACCUCACCCCCUGCCCCCACCAACACGCCUGUCAACGGCAACGGCACCGGUUAA